AUGAGCCGCCACUACAUCCCCCCGCCCGUGUCCCAGAUCGAGCCCAACCUGUUCAUCGCCGAUGUCCUCGACACCUACAAAGAACACAACCUGAGCGACAACCGCAUCAGCGUCGUCGUCUCGCUCUCCGACGGCCGCCUCGCGCUCUGGAGAAACUUGAUCAAGUUCGCCGAUGACUUCUGCAACUUCCUGGACAAGUUCCUGUCUCCUUCGUCCAGCCCGACCCACGAAGGCAGUACCGAGACAUCUCCCACCCAACACAUCGCUCUCGUCCACUGCCAGAGAGGCCGUUCUCGCGCCCCGACCCUCGUGACCGCCUACCUCAUGCGCAAGUACCAGAGGACCCACCAGGACAUCCUCGCCGACCUGAAGCUGAAGCGCAAGAUCGUCAAGCCGAAUCCGAACUUCAUCGAGCAGCUGGAGGUCUGGCACCAGGUCCAAUACAACCUCUGGGAGGACGACGACAAGACUAUCCCGAAAGAAUCAUACCGUGCCUAUCUGGAACGACGCGCAGAACGUCUAAAGGCGAAGGGCUUGACCGGAGAUGAACCUAUAGUUCCAGCAACCUUGGAUGAGCCCUUCAUACGCCCCUGA